AUGGAGUCGAGCGCUAACAGGACGCAGAAUGGCAGUGCCGGCUGGUUCAAGGCGGACGUCUCGGCUCAUGUACGGGCGGGCAUCGGCAGCGGUGUGCUCCCCUUCAAUCUGACCGGCGAGGAGAGCCCCCCGUUCCUGACCGACGCUUGGCUCGUGCCCCUCUUCUUCGCCCUGUUGAUGCUGGUGGGGCUGGUGGGGAACUCGCUGGUGGUGUUUGUGGUGAGAACCCGAAGGAAGCUCUGGACAGCGACUAACUGCUACAUCGUUAAUCUGGCCAUUACGGACAUCAUUUUCCUGGUUUGCUGUGUGCCGUUUACAGCCACUCUGUACCCGCUUCCCAGUUGGAUCUUCGGAGACUUUAUGUGCAAAUUCGUCAACUACCUACAGCAGGUCACUGUCCAGGCCACCUGUAUAACACUAAUGGCCAUGAGCUUGGAUCGCUGCUACGCCACGGCCUACCCACUUCAGUCACUGCGCCACCGCACCCCCCGGCUGGCGAUGGUGGUAAGCGUGGUGAUCUGGAUCGGUUCCUUCGUUCUGGCUGUCCCCAUGGCUCUGUACCACAGGAUAGCAAAGGGCUAUUGGUAUGGUCUACAGACGUACUGCGUUGAGGCAUUCCCCACAGAGUCCCAGCAGAAAGUCUUCAUCGUCUACACCUUCCUUGCUGCCUACCUCCUGCCUCUGGGCACCAUCUGCGUGUGCUACACCGUCAUGCUACAGCGGGUGGGCCGCCCAGUUGUCAGACCCGUCGACGGCAAUUAUCAGAAAGUACAUCAUUUGUCAGAGAGGUCAAUGGCCAUGAGGGCGAAAGUCACCAAGAUGGUGGUGGUGAUUGUGCUCUUGUUCACUGUGUGUUGGGGCCCCAUCCAGGUCUUCGUCCUUUUUCAAGGCUUCUACACUGGCUUCCAGGUCAACCUUGAGACCUACAAAAUCAAAACAUGGGCCAACUGCAUGUCUUAUGCCAACUCUUCCAUCAAUCCAAUCAUCUACACAUUCAUGGGCGAGAAUUUCAGGAGAUCCUUCAGAAAAGCAUUCCCGUUCAUGUUUAAGCAACGGGUCAGAGAUGGCACCUUUACCAGUGGCUCCAGGAAUGCCGAGGUGAAGUUUGUCACAGGGGAAUCGCAAGUUUUUCAGAGACGACAAGUGACUUGA